AGCCUGAUCAUAGCCAACCCUGAGCCAACCCUGUCUUCGACCGUGGGCGGGUGUGAGACGGGAACCUGAGCCUGAACUUGGCUGAUCGAAAGAAGAACAAGUAACCCCUGCAUUUGACAAAUGCUGCAUCUAAAUUGAUGAUUGAUGAAAUAUUGGGCAUUGGACACACGCAAUAGGACAACCAAAGUCUCCUCCGAUAUCCCAAGUCCAAGGUUUCGAAGGUCCACCUUUCUGAUUAUAAUCUUCAUUGUUCCAAAUCAUUUCUAAACCCCUUUUGUUGGUCGUUUUGGUCUAUCCGUCGCAAGUCCUUUGCGCCAAAAGGGAAUAGAAAUGUCGACGUAGUCUUAAUCGAUCGACAGAUAACCUUUGUCUCUGUUGUUCAGCCCGUUCAGCUAAACCCAGCCAACUCCAGCCUUACAAUCGAUAAUCGAUAAUCGAAGCCAUGGCCCAUCACUCAACUUCCUCAGCCCUUUCGCAUUCCCUCUUCGGCGGCCCUUCCAACUCCUCCAACCCUCCAUAUGCUCCCUCUGCGCCCUCCUCCGCAACUCCUUCGACUUCAAACGCGCCCACUCCCGUGUCUGCUAUGUCUGCCGCAUCGUCCAACAACACUUUUGUCAUGCCAAACUCGCCCAUGAAAAGUAGGCCUAUGAUGGAUGGUUACCGGCCGAAAGUGACACGAACUCUCGGUCAGCGGCCUGCCUGUUUGGUCAACGCCUCGGUUACGUAUUGUGGAAAUAAUCAGAUCUAUGCAUUCGGCGGAUUCGACCAGUACACGGACGAGGUGUACAACCACGUGUUGAAACUUGACCUUGUUAGCCAUCAAUGGAGUUUAGUGGACAACUAUGGGGAUAUCCCUGGCGUGAGAAUGGGACACACUGCUACUUUAUACCAGGGUGACAAACUCCUAGUUUUUGGCGGCGAGAAUGAGCACAGGACGUAUCUAUCUGAUCUUAUAGUAUUCGAUCUGAAGACCGCUCAUUGGACGCAGCCCCAAGUCUCCGGUCCCGUUCCGAAAGGUCGAGCUAGGCAUGCAGCUGUCUUGCACGAAGACAAGUUGUUCAUCGUUGGUGGCAUAACUGGCCACGAGAGCUAUGUCUCAGAAGAUAUAUGCUAUUUAGACUUGAAGACCUACACCUGGUCAAGGUCAUGGCGUUUCGUCCCUAGAUUUGAUCACUCAGCCUAUAUAUGGGGCGAUCGAGUCUGGGUAUUUGGUGGAUUAAGUAGGGAUAUGGACAAGAUCGGUGAUUUGUGGUGGCUUGACUUGAAGGGCAGCCCAGAUUUUGAAUCUCCGCCGCAGAUUGGAAGUUCCGCUCCUGACCGACAAACAUCAACGAGUCGUCCCGGCGAUUCCCCGCGGCCGUCUUAUUCGAUUGGUUCAGCUCCACCUAUUGGAGCUUCAGGCUUUGCAGCUAACAUCCGAACAGCUCAGGUCAACACCCCCUCGUUCCAUCUAAAGAGGCAGGUUCCGAUGGCCCCUGGCCCGAUAUCUGUUUUGAGAUUCGUAUCUGGCGGAAAUAUCCCAUCUCAAGGUUCCGGUAUCCAUUUCCACAUAUAUUCUUCGGGGACCCUCUUGGAUUUCGUUACUCCGGUUGCGACCAUUACUUCGAAGGAAUGCUCCCUAUCAGCGUUGGACCUGGCUACGCUGAGGUGGCAGAAAUUAGCCGAGGGGCGGGAAAUUUUCAAGUCGGGAUAUCAGUGGCAUUAUUGCACUAUGAAUGAAGAUGGGACGAAAGCCUGGCUGCUAGGGUGUCCGACCGACGCGGUUAACGAUAUGGGUCCGAAUGGUUUCGAGGAGUAUCUAAGUGAUAUAAUGGAAAUUGACCUACGACGUUAUGGUUUUCUAGGCAACAACGCAACCCCUGAACUUCGAACGGAUCAUGCUAGACCGACAUCCCAUGCUCGAGUUCAAGAUCAACCUUCGAAAGGAUUGGGCCAUGAUCUUGCUAGACUCUUCAACCAACCGCCGGAAACGGGAAGUGGAACCGAUUUCACGAUAACAGCUCUUGCCGGUGAUGACUACGACGAGGACGACAUGAUGGGUUCUAGUCUUAUUCGAGCAGGGGAAUCACCGAUGGAUCAGAAUUGGCUGACGCCUGACGCGCCCACUUCUGCUCCGAUUCAUGUGCACAAGCUUAUUCUCCAGGCUAGAUGGCCGCACUUCGCCAGACUGUAUAACGCGCAGAUGGCAGAGUUCCACACCAAGAAGAUGCAUAUUCCGGAGCCUUACACGGUAGUCAAGGCAUUCUUAUACUACCUCUACACUGACAGCAUCCAUGCCGACGAUGGGGUAACAGAUCUUUCGGACGUCGCGGGAUUAUUAGUUAUGUCUAACAUCUACAACAUACCUCACCUACGCCUCCUCUGCGUGAAUCGAUUAUCAAAGGAGCUUGACGUAGAGCACGCAUGUAUUAUCUGGUACUGCGCAGGAUUAGCGAGCGAGGAUUGGCUCCGUAAGAGAGCCGCACAAUUCUGCCUGACGCACUGGGGCCGUAUUGUGCGCACCCAAGGAUUCCUGCGCCUACCGCGAUCAGCCCUGGUCGAACUAUCACAGGAGAUAGACAUGGAAGGCAGAGUUAUUGGAGGUGAUGAGUUGGAGUAUGUGGAUAACUGCCGUGGCCGAUUCGACGCAUCAGGUGUCUCGCGGAAAGACAGCAUUAGCAGCGACCACACGCAAGCCCUACCAUCUGACGUUGACGACUCGGAAGGGAUGGACCUCGCAUAGCAAUGCAUGCUAGAGAUCCUUCAAUAUAGGGGUCUCUACUAAAAAUGCAUUCAAGUUCAGCAACGCGACUUACGACAAACAUACAUACACAUUCAGCAUUUGAAUAUCGCUCUAUUUGGUCGCGCUCUUAGCUUAGUCAAACCUACCUAGGUACCUCUCAAGGAGGACGACAGUUUUAUGGAUAUCCGAGGUGCGCCUGGCGUGUCACCUCACGAAGCAACGGAAACGAGACACCAUCACUCCUUUUUUUGAUAUUUUAUACCACCCUUUCUCCUUUUACACCCGGCCAGGUGUGGAGACUGGGUUUUGAGCAUGGCUUCGGUGUUCUGGGAUGGGGUGGAUAUCAACGAGGAUAUUAAGCUAUCGAGCGAAGAAACAUUGAACAGAGGGAGCGUGGCGGAGAGGAAGAAAGAAUAUGCGACUAAGCUGCGAGCCACCGGGAAGGAUUAGGCUAUGUUAUUAUGUUUAUCGAGGAUGGCUUGGCUUGGCUUCUUGCUGCACUCCUUAUAAGUGUAGGGUGUUGCUACGUAUUUUAACCUACCUACUUUACUAUUUAGCUCGCGAGAGUAGUAUUACGGAAAUAUACAAUACCUUGGUCGGUCCA